AUCUACUCAAUAUUGGCGUCCUUGUGCCCGUCAACAAAAAACAGAUCCGUUUUACAAGUUGCAUCAUCUUACGUGUCUGCCUUCAAGCUGUCUGGCCACAACCAGAGAAUCGUUUAUCAGAGUUCUGAUAACCCCCAUAGACCUCAUAAAAUACGGAUUACAACACGUUACCCCCCGUACGAUCGCCCACGAAUUAGUGAAAAACAAGGAUGGCCCUGCUGAAGCGAGUUUUCAAGCGGCGCUUUAUGCUGCUUUCAAUGGUCUGCUUCCCACGGGGAUGAUCAAACAUAAUGAGAAAUGGGCCGGCUAUGAGCUAAAGAUAUCUCGAGCGGAUUUCAGUGGUCCUGUAACACAAGCUGGAAAAUAUGCCGAACAUUUUAAGAUCAAUAUUCAUCUCGUUAACUUUUACCCGGACACUUCUUCAACCCCAGUAUUUCCAGAUACAACAGCCAACAUAAUUGUAGUGAACGUUAAGUGCAACAAGGAUUGCUCACAAUUUAAGAUUGAUUCCUCAAACUCAAACGGUCCUAAGAAUGAGUUUAUCAAUAAUCUACUUUCAAACUCAAAGUAG